AUGACUUCGACUGAUAAAGAUGCUGAAAAAAGUGAACAACAAGCUGAUGAGAAUGUUGAGAAUGCAGAAGACGAGAAAGCAGCUCUCGAUGAAUACAUAUGUAACCUAGAAGCCAGGGUGAAACAAAAAUCUGAAUUAAGAAACCAAAAUUUAAACUGUGUACGGCCGCCUGAAAACCAUUUCUCUAAACUAGACUCAGGGCUAAAGAAGAAUACAACUUUUGUGAAGAAGUUGAAGUCAUUUAGCGCCGUACAAUUGGAGACGCUGUUGAAAGAUUUCAACUCCCUGAAUCUUACUAAAUAUAUCUCUGAGGUAGCAGGAGCAAUCGCUGAGGCUAAGUUGAAAAUGUCUGACAUUGCAGCUGCAAUUACUUUGUGUUCUGUACUUCAUCGUACCUAUGCUGAAUUCUCAUCAACCUUCUUUGAAAACUGGCAGAAAAUAUUGACUUUUAAAACUACCGAUAAAAUUACAAAUUCAUCAAAAUUACGAGUUGACAUAAGAUUCUAUGCUGAAUUGGUUGCUGUAGGCAUUUUUACCAACAAGACUGGUUUACCAUUACUAGGUAAUGUUCUCACUGUACUGAUAAAUAUGGACAAAGAGGAUCACAAUAAUAUUCCUAUAUUGUUAUCAUUUUGUAAACAUUGCGGAGAAGAUUAUGCUGGUUUAGUUCCAAAGAAAAUUAGAGAAACAGCUGAGAAACUUAAUGUGGCAUUGCCUAGAAACACAUUUUUGACAGCUGAAAAACAAGCGGCUGUAAGAACCCUUUUGAAGGACUACUUCUCAUCUUUGAGUAAGCAUUUAUUAGCAGUGAGGGCACAGUUGCAGGCCCUGCAUGCAGCUAAUCAACGAACCCUCCACACUAGAGGAGAAUUAUCACAGGAGAGAAAGGAUCAGUUGGAACAACAUCAGGCUACAUAUGAUAAACUUCUAGCAGGUGCCCAAAGCUUUGCAGAAGUUCUUGGAGAGGAUUUAGGAGAAGCAGGGGAGCCCCCAACUUUAACAUUGACAGUGACUGAGACUCAAGGCACUGUGACUAUUGGUGGUAAUGAAGAGUUUGCAAUGCAGGCUGGUACUGAUCCCUGGCAAGACGAAGAUACUAGAACUUUUUACACCAGCUUGCCAGAUUUGAAGGUUUUCAUGCCUAAUUACCAGAUGAAAGAAACUGUGAAAAAUAAGACUGAGACAGUAACAGAAGAAAUGUUGGAUGAAGAUUUGAAAGAAGAUGAACUAAGUGAUAAUGAAGCCCCCCCUCCUACAGUUCCUGAGAUGGAGCAAGAAGAAGUACAGCCUGCUAAUGUUUCUAACAAAUAUGCUCUAGAUGCAUUUAUGAAUGAACUGCCGAACUGUAUAAAUAGGGAAUUGAUUGAUAAUGCUGCUGUUGAUUUUGUCCUGAAUCUCAAUACCAAAAAUAACAGAAAAAAACUAACAAGAGUUCUCUUCAGUGUUGCUAGAACCAGGCUUGAUUUAUUGCCAUUUUACUCAAGGUUUGCUGCAAUUUUGUACCCUGUGUUGCCAGAUGUUUGCGUUGACUUGUGCCAGAUGUUGAAACAAGAUUUCAAAUAUCAUGUCAGGAAAAAAGAUCAAAUUAACAUUGAGUCAAAGAUUAAAGUGGUGCGUUUUAUUGGGGAGUUAGUCAAAUUUGAACUUUACUCUAAAAUGGAAGCAUUGUACUGUUUAAAAGUAUUAUUGCAUGACUUUAAACAUCACCACAUAGAAAUGGCAUGCAAUCUCCUUGAGACAUGUGGUCGGUAUUUGUAUUGUAAUCCUGAUACCCAUCAACGCACAAUGAUAUAUUUGCAACAAAUGAUGAGAAAAAAGACUGUCUCAGCUCUAGAUUCGCGUUAUGUUACGCAAAUUGAAAAUGCAUUCUAUUACGUCUGUCCACCGGAAACUCCUGCCCAACCAAAGGAAGAAGAGCCCCCUAUGCAUCAAUUUAUUAGAAAAGUUUUACAUGAAGAUUUACAGAAGAGUAAUGAAGAAAAAAUUCUAAGAUUAAUGCGAAAGUUAAACUGGGAUGAUUUGGAUAUCGCAGCUGUGGCUAUACAACAUUUAGCGGGUGGUUGGAGAGUCCGAGCUAGUGCAAGGAGGGCUCUUGCCAGGUUAACGGCAGAACUAGCAGCUUGGCAGGAAGCUGUAGCCCCAGCAGUUGUUGAUACUAUACUUGAAGAAAUAAGGGUUACUAUGGAAGACCCACAUCCGAGAUAUAAUCAAAGGAGAAUAGCAACUGUUCGGUAUUUAGGAGAAUUAUAUAACUAUAAGUUAUUAGAUUCCCGAGAUGUGUUCACUGUUUUGUACUCAUUUAUAACUUUUGGAGUGACAAAUGAUCAUAACAAUGUUUCUCCACUAGAUCCUCCAGAUAAUGUAUUUAGAAUUAGACUAGUGUGCGCCCUACUAGAGACUUGUGGGGCAUAUUUCAACAGCGGCUCAAGUAAAAAACGACUUGAUUAUUUCUUAAUUUUCUUUCAACAUUAUUAUUGGUUUAAAUAUGCUGAUCCUCAUUGGACUGACGACAACAUGUUUCCUAUUUACGUAAAUUAUAUAUACCAAGAGUGUUUGACUACACUCCGGCCCAAAUUAACAUUGUUUACUAGUUGGCAACAAUGUAAAGAUGCAAUAGAAGAAUUGCGCCAGACUCUAUAUCCUGAAUUAGGUGAAGAAGAUAAUGAAAAUGAGGACCAGGGAGAUGACAGUGUGAAUGAAGGUCUGGAUACAAUUAUUGAGACUGACGAUGAAACUGAUAAUCCACAACUUCCUGAAGAAAGCUCUGAUGAAGAACCUAUUACAGAAAAUACAGGUAAUGAUGACAAUGAAAUGCAACAACACGAAGAUAUUACAAUAGAACCAAGACGACCUGCUCCUAAACCUGUCGAAGAUGUAGAAUUUGAAUCAGCGUUUGAAAAAAUGGUGAUGGAGAAUAUAGCAGAACGUCAACGUGAGAAUAGACCACAACAGCGAGACAUCGCUGUACCAAUGACCUGUCGGCAGACCACUAAGAAAACAUACGAACAGUUAUUGCAAGGAAAAGAAGGAGUUGAGUUUGUUCUGAUGGUGCGCAAGGGCACUAAACCACAAUACAAGUCUUUCAGUGCUCCGCCAGAACUCGCCAGCAACUUACAACAACAAGCUCUGGCAGAUAAACAAGAGAUGGAAAAGAUGAAACUCUUAACACUCAAUAUUUCGGAGAGGCAAGAGGAAGAAGAAUAUAGCGCAGAAAGUGGGGGUGGUUCCGGUGGUAGUGGCAACCCAAAUAGAGGGCAACACGUACGCCAGAAAUAUCAGCAUCCUAAAGGAGCACCAGAUGCAGACCUAAUAUUUGGACCUAAAAAAUUUAAAUAA